UCUACUUUAUCAGAUUGAUCGUGGAAAUUAAAAAAAAAUAAAGGAUUCAAUUUUUGGAAAAAAUUUACUCAGCAAAAACACAAUAAAUAAUGUCAGAGCUUGAAACGGACAUGCAACAAAGAUUAAAAUUUGUUUUAUCCCAAAUUAAUGACGCAUGUAAACGUCGAUCCAAAGAAUUCGAAGGGGUUAUUCCAAGGUUAGUAGCCGUAUCGAAAAAGCGUGAUUCUUCAGAUAUUAUACAAGCAUAUCAGGCAGGGCAAAGGCAUUUUGGUGAAAACUAUGUUAAGGAACUGGAGACAAAAGCACGAGAUGAACGCAUAUUGGAAAAAUGUAAGGAAAUAAAGUGGCAUUUUAUUGGGCACCUUCAAGGAAACAAAGUGAAGGAAUUACUCCAUAUACCAUAUUUGUACAUGAUCGAGACUGUACAUUCUCAACAGUUAGCCGAAAAGCUGAAUAAUAGUUGGGACACAGGGGAUGACAGGAAACUGAGGAUAUUCAUACAAGUUAAUACGAGUGGGGAAAAAGAAAAAAGUGGAUGCUCCCCAGAUGAGAUUAUAAAUUUGAUGAAAUUCAUCAAGGAUAAAUGCCCUAAGCUACAAGUUGAUGGUUUGAUGACCAUUGGUAGUGCAGAGCACUCAAAAGAAUCUCAAAAUCCAGAUUUCGUCAAACUCAUAGAAUGCAAGAAAGAAGUAUGUCGAGAAUUUGGUAUUCCAGAAAAAGACUUUGAACUGUCUAUGGGCAUGUCGGCAGAUUAUGUGCAAGCUAUUGAAAUGGGAAGUACCAAUGUCCGUGUAGGAUCAGCUAUUUUUGGGGAAAGGUCAAAGUAAGUGAAUAUUGAACAUUGUUUAAAUCAAAUAUUUUCUUGUUGUUUUGCUUUGUAGUUUUUUUAAAUAUAUGUAUUGAAUUUA